CGGAGAAAGAGACAGAUAAAUUAUAAAAUCACCUGCGCAUUGUUGUAAGCUGAUCUUGACGGGUGAAAAGGAUAAAAACAAGUGUCAGAGUUUAGCUUGUCAUUUGACAGGUGAAAAUGAGAUGAGCUGCAGAUGAGACUGUUUUGGUAAUUUUGUAAAUGCCACGGAAUUUGUCGGGAACUGGUGAUUUUCCAUACAUAUCAGGGGGUAAUGAUGGUGAUGGGAGUGUUAACCUCGAUUUUGUUGGGGGACCAGAAGACUCCGUUGAAGUUUUGACAGGUUUAUGGGGUUCAAGGAUUAAAACGAUGAGAGAUGCGCUUUAAAGGACUCCUGUUAUUCCUUAUUUGCUUGGUUGGAACUACUGUGGUUUUUAUUGGGUUCAGCUAUCAGAGACCUUCCAUUCAGACUUUGGUCACAGAGACGCAUAAACAAUUGCGAAGCUUCCAGGAAAACUUGAAGGAUGUCGAGGAAAAACGGCUAGUGACAGACUCCAAGUACCUCGCACUGCUCGGUCUCGAUGGGCAAACGAGCACUCCCUCAUUGCUAUUGAAAACCCAGAAUGUAACAAUCGUUACCCUCCUACGACCAGGAAACGAAAUUAAUAUUUACGGAUUUGUAAGAAAUGUCUCGCACUUUUUACCAGGAAAUAACAUCGCCAUUUAUGGAGUGGGGCUGAACGACGAUGCUCUCCAGAAUCUCCAAGGGAUAUGUAACUCGAGUAGAUGUAAUGUCAUACCGUUUUACCUAUCACCAUUCCCCAAUCACGCUGAAGACGAUAGACUCCACGUCUAUCGACCUCUAGUCAUACAGACAGCUUUAAAUACUCUAGGAAAUAUAUUAUACAUGGACUCAAACGUGAGAAUAAAUAACUCAGACGUAUCAAAGUACCUCUCACCACCCUCUGGGAUACUGACGUGGCCAACGAAGCAUGCCAUAAGCUCACUGACACAUCCUAAGAUGUACGAGUACUUUCACGCAUCCUCGGACAGUUUUUUGUUCCUUCCUUUGAUAAGAGCUUCACACUUAGUCAUUAGAAAUACUAAAGAGAUCAGAGAGAAUGUCAUGCUGCCAUGGGUACAGUGUGCACUCACGAGAGAUUGUAUUUGUCCUAUAGGUGCACAAUCUUUUGGCUGCAGAUUCAACAAAAAGCCCCAGUAUCGCUACUCGGGCUGUCACUCCUACGAUACAUCAGCACUCAAUAUUGUCCUAGGUCGCUACUUCAAUUACGAUGAUUCACGGUACAUAAUCGCAGAGAGGGAGUCUUAUUUCACGAAAAUGCAAUCAGACGAAAUCAACGACGAGUACCUGACCAUUGCAAGGCAGAAUAAUAGCACUGAGGCUAAUCCCAGAAACUUCAUGCUUCUUGAAACAUGAAUCAGUAUUUAUAUUGGAGGAGUUCAAUACGAACAAAUCAUGUGAUAAGCUGGCACAAUUGUACUUGAAUAAAGUCUUCGAUGAACAAUCA